AUGUGCGUACGAGGGCAAGAAAGCAAGCAAGAAAGAAAGAAAGAAAGAAAGCACACAUAUCCAUAUACAAUUAUGGACAGUUUAUUGUUGAUUGUACUAACAAUCUUGCUGUCUUCCGUAAUAAUCUUGUACAGGAACUGCAGGUUGUUUAGUAUAUUAUUCAGAUCAUCUAAAACCAAAACCCCACUUCCUUUAGGCAAUCUUGGAUGGCCUUUUCUUGGUGAAACCCUCGAGUUCGUUUCUUGUGCUUAUUCAGACCGCCCUGAAAGCUUCAUGGAUAAACGUCGCCGCAUGUAUGGGAAAGUGUUCAAGUCACAUAUAUUUGGAACUCCGACUAUAGUAUCAACAGAUGCAGAAGUGAGUAAAUUCAUACUACAAGGUGAUGCAAAGAUGUUUGUUCCAUCUUACCCGAAAUCACUUACCGAGUUGAUGGGAAAAUCCUCCAUUUUGCUCAUCAAUGGAAGUUUACAGAAGAGAAUACAUGGUCUGAUAGGAUCUUUCUUCAAGUCUCCUCAUCUUAAAGCGCAGAUCACUAGAGACAUGCAAGUUUAUGUUCAAGAAUCAAUGAAGAAUUGGAGAUGUGAUCAGCCCAUUUACAUACAAGACGAAACCAAAAAUAUUGCCUUUCAAGUACUAGUCAAGGCAUUGAUUAGUUUGGAUCCUGGUCAAGAAAUGGAGUCCCUAAAGAAACAGUUCCAAGAAUUUAUCUGUGGUCUCAUGUCUCUCCCUGUUAACAUUCCUGGAACUCAACUUUAUCGCUCUUUACAGGCUAAGAAGAAAAUGGUCAAGUUAGUGCAAAGAAUUAUUCAGUCUAAAAGGGAUGGUGGCAUCUCAACAGUUCCUAAGGAUGUGGUGGAGGUUCUGCUUAAUGAUGCUAAUGCACAAUUAACAGAUGAUUUAAUAGCUGACAACAUGAUCGAUAUGAUGAUUCCUGGCGAGGAUUCUGUGCCAGUUCUUAUGACUCUUGCUGUAAAGUACCUUUCAGAUUGCCCUGCUGCCUUGCAACAAUUAACGGAUGAGAACAUGAAAUUAAAAAGUCUCAAAGCACAGCUUGGGGAGCCAUUAACAUGGACUGAUUACUUAUCAUUACCAUUUACACAGAGACAGGUGAUAACAGAAACUUUAAGAAUGGGAAACAUUAUAAUUGGGGUGAUGAGAAAGGCCAUGAAGGAUAUAGAAAUAAAAGGUUACUUAAUACCAAAAGGAUGGUGUGCUUUUGCAUACUUCAGAUCAGUUCAUCUUGAUGAAAAUCAUUAUGAUUGGCCUUACCAGUUCAAUCCAUGGAGGUGGCAAGACAAAGACAUGAGCAAUAGCAACUUCACUCCAUUUGGAGGUGGACAAAGAUUAUGCCCUGGUCUUGACUUGGCUAGACUUGAAGCUUCCAUAUUCUUACACAACUUUGUCACUCAAUUUAGCUGGGUGGCCGAAGAGGACACAAUUGUAAACUUUCCAACAGUGAGAAUGAAGAGAAGAAUGCCCAUUUGGGUCAAAAGGAGAGAAGAAGAUCAAUCCUUGAGCUUAUAAAAAUCUAUAAUUAUAUAAACAAAAACUUUGGCCAACAAAGUUUUGAAAAUAAAAAAAAAUAAAUUCUUACUACAAUGAUAUAAAGCACCCAACAAGAAAAAGACUGAAUGUGGAUCAAAAAAGUAAUUAAAAGAAAAAAAAUAAGGAAUUGCCACUGUGCACACGUGUGGGGGACAUCCACAAGGGCUAAUACAUUUGUCCUCUUCCAUUAUAUAUAGGUACUGCAAAUAUAGACUAUAGAAUAUAAAUAUUUUUUGGGGACCCAUUAAAUUAUCACUUGUUUCUCCAUCUUAUUUCUAUUUUAUUAUUAUUUUUUUUUUUUUUGUUCACCUGAUUAGCAAGGUAGCAUAUGUACAAUUGUAAAAGAAGGUGACUUCGGGUAGUGGGCAUAGCCAAUGAUUUGUGAUCAUCGGUCCCAAAAUGAACAAUGUAAUUUUCAUGAUAUUUUCUUUUAAAAAUAUAUAAUUAUUUUCUUA